CAGAUAAGUUAGAGCUUCAAAUUUGUUCUAUUGCAGUGUUGUAAGAAAACUGAAUGCCAGUAUAAAAAGUGACAAGUAUAAAUAAAUUAGUAUGUAUUCAGUUCGGUUGUCAGCCGUCAGGUGUCUUGCAUGUCAGUGUUGUUGCUGUCAAGGUGAAUAACCACAAUAAACAAACAAAUUAAUAUUUUUUAAGAAAUUCUCAAUUCUUGCAUUAUUAGUGAUGAUUUCGCUUAGGAGAUUUCUUUGCAAUAACUCUGUAAGGUAUGAGCGAUUCAGAUGAUACGGACAAUCUACUUCUGAUACCUCCCGAUCUGUUUACAAUACAUUCUGAUGCAGAAGAUGCAGCGAAACCCUACGGACCAUACUACAGAAUUGUAGAUAGUUUAAUAACGCAAGUUAGUAAUCUUGAAACGCGUGUGAAUUCCAUUUCGACUCCAAGUUCUAGCCUAGAUAACUUUACUGAGCAUAUCAAAUCUACUCGAUUAAUGUCUGGUACCCGUAAGUACAACAGUUUGGAAGAUCUUUCACGAGAACUCUACCAGAGGACCAAUCAAACUACUCCGCAAAAAUCUUAUAGAUUAAGCUCAUUACCUAACACACCAAGUACUACACAAUAUUCGCCUAUUAAGCCAAAAAUACAUGUUCAGAAUGAAGUUCGCUCGAAACCGUCGACCGCACAGACAGAAAUGCUUAACGAAAUUGAUACUUUUAUAUCCAACGUGAAAACAAUUCAAAAGUAUCAGACCGCAAGAAAUUUAAAUCCACAAUUUGCAGCCGUUUCAAAAGUUGACAGUUCGAGAGACAUAGAUCGCUUGCUAGAUUCCGUCGAAGCUCAAAAAUGUCAGAAAUUGGAUGAAAGUGAAAGUGUAUGUUUAAAAGAGAACACAUGGGCGGCGGGUGAUACAAUUGAAUCUGUGCCGGAUCGUGGAAUGGGAAUGCGCGAGUAUUUAUAUAAAGACACUCACAAGGGAGAAACCAGCGAUCGAGAUCCGCAACAUUUCCACAUAUUGACAACAACGGGGAUCGUGCCAGAGCUGUCCACACAGCACUCCGAAUCCGCUUAUAGCGGCAAUCCAUCUCUAAGCACAGACUCCACACAGACCACCGCAUAUCGAACGAGUAUCGGACCGAGUGCUAUUCACGCAAAUGCGGCGCACGUACUCAACACACACAAACGGCUAUUAUCGCACAACACUCUACACUCGAGCUUGGACAGUCGAUCGCAGAACCUUAACUCUCAAAGAAGCGGAAAUUCUUCGGAUUUCGAACCGGUCACCAAAAAUAAUCUGGCUUUAAUGAGCCUUUCGGAUUUGUGGGGAGGUGGCGGAGAUUUACAACAUGCCGAUCGAUAUAGAUUUAUUAAUAAAUUACAAGAGGAGAAGAUGCGUAGACAACAUUGUGAAGAACGUAUUCAAAACCUCCAAUUGAAAACGCUGGAACUGCAAGAAAGACUAGCAGUAGCGAUCCAAGUUGAUAAGGCGAAGGAUGAAGCAAUUUCGCAACUGCACAAGUCUUGGGAGGAAUCUUCGUCCAAGAUCGAUAACCUGUGCGAGAAGAACGCCAGCUUAGAACAACUGGUGACCGAUCUUCGGAAUAAGUUAUCUCAGGAGAGCACAGAAGCAGCUCAGAAAGUCGGGUUCUAUGAAAAGGAAUCUUCAAAGGCGUUAACUCUAGCGCACACCUCUCACGAACGCUUGCUCGCAUUAGAAAAGGAGAAUAACGUGUUGGCCGAUCAAGUGCAAUCGUUGGAGAAGGAAUGUCGGGAAUUGAGAGGGAGCUGCAAGUUGGAACAGGAAAAUGUACAUGAUCUUUCAAGGAUACUAGCAGAAAGAGAAGCGGAGUUAAGUGAGAGUAAAUCAAUUCUGGCAGAUGCAAGGAAGGAGGUAAGUCAAAGUAAAAAAGCUGUCGAAAUCUGUCAAACGGAGCUAACAUCGAUGAGGCUGACCCAAAGAGACCUUGAGCGGCAGCUAAAUGAGGAACUGGAACGAAUUAGAGAAAUUGAAAAGGAAAAAAAAGCAUUCGUGUCGGACAUAGAAGGGCGCAAAAAAAACGAGAGAACACUUCGAGAUGAACUGGCAACAUGUAAAUCCAAAAUGGAGCAAUCGAAAAUGGAACUCAGAAACUUUUACCAGGAUCAAGUUGAGAUGGUGGUACGCGAGAAACUGAGAGAAUUCCAAGUUCAGUUGGAGAAAGCAGAAACUUCUUUGCAAGAAGAAUUGCAGAAUCGUGAGUUGACAGUUGCCAGAUCUGCAGCGAUGCACAUUCAGCAAAUACAAGAAAAACAUGGCAUGGAGAUACAUUUAAUUGAAGAAAAACAUAAAGAAGAAGUGAAGCUCUAUAACUUACAGCUAUCGAAGAUGAGGCAGCAAAUUGACACUUUACAGUCUAAAUUUCAGCAGCAACAGGAACGUAAGAGUCACAUCGCAAAGCAAUUGCAUAAAGUAAUGGAAGCGCAAUGGCUGGAAGCGCUUAAGAUAAUUAACAGCAAAAGUCCCAUCAUUCCGCAAGAGAGAAGCACAACCACCAUCGAUCAGUUGAACUCCUUAAAAUCGAAAUCGUACAACAACGUGGAAGAAAUCUUGCACGGCGAGGAGCCUCACCCGUUCGAAGCUGAGAAAAAUCUGGCCUCCCCAAAAGACUACGAUGACCUAAAUCUAAGCGCGACCACCCCACUGACCAGUAGGCCUCAGAAAACGCGCCAACAGCUCGAUCAAGAGAUGCAAAAAUACAUCCAAAUGCUCCUCAAUAAAUCGCCAGGUAAUCCGACGGAUGAUCAAAAUUCCAAACGUGACAAAUCAAAGCCGCAUUCACCCGAGAAUGGAGACCUAAAUGCUCAGUUUACUGACGGAGCUAAAUUUGCUAAGAUGGGGCAGCGCGAUCGAUUCGGGAAACCCCCGUGGAAAUGAAUUACUUUUAAUUUAUUCUAUAAGUAUUUUUUAUACAUGACAUUAUUUUUAUACAAUUUUUAUUUAUUAAUCAUAAUUUAUACAUGUU